GCUAAGCAUUUCAUCCUCGAUAACAAGAUCAUCACCGACGCUCAAUCUCCAAACUUACAUUUAUUAUCUUCGACCAUCUCCGGUUUGGGUGUUGCCCUGGUAAUGAACCCAGGUGAUGUCAUUUUAACUAGAGUGUACAAUCAAAAGGGUCAAGCCCAUUAUUCUGGUCCUGUGGAUUGUUUCGUGAAGAUUGUCAAGUAUGAAGGUGUCGGGGCCUUGUAUAAGGGUUUUGCUGCUCAAUUGUUGAGAAUAUGUCCUCAUACUAUCAUGACUUUG